CGUCAGUGAGGAAAGAGCAGUCAGAUCACAAAAAGAAAAUAAGCAUGAAGUUUAACACAGCUUUGAGUGUUGCCGGAGCCAUACUUCUCAACAUAGCAGGUUCCCUCUGCCAGUUAGAUGUGUGUGGUCAAGCCCCUCUCAACACCAAGAUUGUUGGAGGGGGGGAUGCAACAGCAGGAGCUUGGCCGUGGCAAGUCAGCAUUCGUAUCGCCUGUGAUGGAAAUCUGUGUUACUGUGGCGGGAGUCUGAUCACUAAAGACUGGGUUUUGUCUGCAGCACACUGCUUUGAAGGUGCCAGUGCAUCUGACGUUGUGAUGUACAUUGGGCGUCAGAGCCAAUCGGGCUUAAACUCUAAUGAGAUAAACAGAACAGCGAGAGGUAUCAUCAUUCAUCAAAACUAUAACGAUACUCAGUUCAACAAUGACAUAGCACUGGUCCAGCUCUCCUCAUCUGUGAUGUUCACUGAUUAUAUCAAGCCAGUCUGUCUGGCAGCUGCUGGUAGUAAAUUUGCUGGAGGUACAGAGAGCUGGGUCACUGGAUGGGGAACACUACAGUCUGGAGGCCAGCUUGCUGAUAUACUGCAGGAGGUGAUGAUACCAGUUGUGAGCAACAGUAACUGUAAUAAAGCCUAUGGAGCAGGCAUCACAAGCAAUAUGAUUUGUGACGGCUCAUCCGUGACGUUGUGUGGUAAAGAGCAAGCGUUUUCAGCUCUCGAGGGAGUUUAUUGCGCUCUUUGUUUGUCUCUUGCGAGAGACAAACACGCUCUGAUACCCGCAGCUUUCUAUACGGAAUUACACGAGCUGUGCAUGGAGGAUUUGGCUACUGUUUCUGAUAGCGGUACCACUGGACACUACAGGGUAAGCUCUCGGGAGGUUUCUUCACGAGAUGCCCCUGACAUCCCUGGCGGAAUGCACCACAUUCUUCUCAUACCUCGCCCUGAGGGGCUUCUGUGGCUGUGCUAUCCACCCAUUCCUCAUGCUCUAGGGUGUUUCUGCGGAAACCCCUUUUUCCUGGUGCUGGCUCUGGAGCAGCAACCUAACGACUUGACUCCCCCUCGAUGCUGGAUCUCGUUCUAUACCCCUUCUUCUGGAUACUCAUCUCAGGAUAAGAAGAGUAUGAGGAUGAUGCUGCGUCUAGCUGUGUGUGUUGCAGGGGUCUUACUGCUCAACAUAACAGGCUCACUCGGCCAGUUAAAUGUGUGUGGCCGAGCCCCCCUUAAACCCAAGAUUGUUGGAGGGCAAAAUGCAGUUAAGGGGUCUUGGCCCUGGCAAGCCAGCAUUAAUUAUAUUCCAAAUGGAGAUCUUGUAUGUGGAGGGAGUCUGAUCAAUAAAGACUGGGUUUUGUCUGCAGUUCAGUGCUUUCAGGAACUAAACACAUCGACCACAGUAAUAUACCUGGGACGUCAUCAACAAAUAGGUGCAAACCCACAUGAGAUAUCCAGAAGAGUGGAUCAAAUUGUCAUUCAUCCUGAAUAUAACCCAAAAAAUUUUGACAAUGACAUAGCACUGGUCAAGCUGUCCUCCUCUGUGACUUUCAACGAAUACAUUAGUCCUGUCUGUCUGGCAGCUACUGGCAGUACAUUUGCUGAGGGUACUGAGAGCUGGAUCACUGGAUGGGGAGAGCUUAAUUUUGGGAGCAACCUUUUUCCAGCCAUACUGCAGGAGGUGAAGGUACCAGUUGUCAGCAACACUUACUGUAAAUCUGUCUAUGGAAGCGCAUUUAGAGACAGCAUGAUGUGUGCUGGACCAACCGAGGGUGGGAAAGGCGCAUGUAUUGGAGACGGUGGAGGUGCGCUGGUCAUUAAAGACUCCCAGUGGAUUCAAUCUGGAAUUUUAAUUUUCACCGUAAACUGUACAGCACCCAAGUACCCUGGCGGUUACACCAGAGUGUCCGAAUACCAGUCUUGGAUCAGCUCUGUGAUAGGCAGCAACCUGCCUGGAUUUCUUAAAUCCAGUGGAUUCAGAAGCCUUCCCUUAUUUUCCCUUUCACUCACAUUUUCCAUCUUUCCUCUCAUCUUCUCACUCUAUCUGUUUUUUUAAAAGAUUUAAUAAUUAGUAAUAAUAAUUGUUAGCCUCAAAUGAUGAAAGCGAUAGCUUGCUGAAAACUUUUAUUCUACUUGAAAUGUAUUUAUAACCAACAGAAAUAUAUGAAGUGUAUAAUAUUUCUCAAGUGUAUUGAAGGAUCGUUAGAUCCUUCCAUGAAGAUUAUUGUGUUGUGUUUAAAUUUUAUGUUUGUUUUUAAUUUCAUUUAUAAUCAUUUAUUUACAUAAUUAUUCAUAAUCAUUUUACAAUCAUUAGUCAUUCACAUAAUUCAUAUUUAAUUAUUUAUUUGAUUAUUUAAGUAUUUAUCAUUUAUUCAUUUAUUCAUAUAUAUUAUUCAUUUAUAUGUUUUUAUAUUUUAUAUUUCUUAUUAUUUUUCCUGCUUAUGCAUUUUCAUUAUUGUUCAGUUCCAUGAUUGUGGGGUUUCAUGAAUUGUUUGGUCUAAGAAAUAGAUAACGGGGAUGUUUAUGGAAAUUCAAGGUUUAUGGGAUGUUGAAUCUCAUGUUUGAUAUAUCAUUGUUCUUUGAGCUGUACUCCCCAGACGAAGUCUGAACAUUGAGACAUACGCAACUAAAACUGUUCAGUAAAUUCUGUUAUACCUUUUUUACCAUCAUCACUUCGUCUCCUGCUUCUGCUCUUUUCUGGCUUCCAUCGGUCAACUUCAUAACUGACAGAAACCUGCUUGUUAGCGGGGUUGGGGUAACUACAGCUUGCUGACUAGUUGUCCUGUUACCGAAAGACUGAUAUUUUCUGACGGGAUCUGGUGUCCGGGGCUGGAUCCUAAUUGUCUGGCGUAGGGACCUGAUCUAACAGUAUAAUAUGGAAUAUAUGAAUGUUAUUGAAGCAUCUUUUUGACAAGCAGGUUCAGAGAUUUUGGCCUUCAUGUAUUAAAAUAGACAGGAUGGUGUCUAUAUGUUUAUAUGUAUUACCUACAUAUACUAUAUCUACCCAAGAGCAAAGAUGGCAGCAUAGUGACUUAAUUAAAAGUGUAUUUGAUGUGCAUCUAUCAUGUUUCACAUUAAUACAAUAAAUUAUCAAUCUGGUUGCACUUAAAUGAAAUUAAUCUUUUUUAACAGUG